GUUUUGAUGUUUAGGAAGUAGGAAGUAAAUUGGCGUCAAAUAGAAAAGCUAAUAAAACUUUAGAUUAUGUGAAUUAAGAAUAGGGGUAGAAUAACAAUUAGUAUUAAAAUGGCACAAGCUGCUAUACCAUCUCAACAGAGAUUAGCUGAAAAGCUGACUAUUCUCAAUGACUCUGGAAUAGGAAUGCUAAAUAGACUUUUUAACAUAAAAAAGGUAGGCCGGCUACCGUUGCCGUUAUUACACUGAGGCCAGGGCAUAUACUCGCGACUGUAGGUCGCACCAGUGGAUAGGCUGCACCCUUAAUUUGGGAUUGGUAAAGUAAUUAAUUGUGGUUAACCACUUUCCAUCAAUCUGAAAUUAAAUCUCAAAAGCAAAUCCUAAAUUAGGUGAUCUCUUUUACUUUUAAUAAGCAUAAAUAACAGAUUGCCCUCUGCUAAAAAAAAAAAAAAAGUGGGGGGUGGAAGAUUUGUUUUCUCCCUAACUCUGACAGCUUGAUCUCAGGUGCGGUGGUUGUUUAAGGUAUGCUAUCCAAUAUACUUGGAUAUGCUUGUUCAUACUACCAUUUACUACAGAUCCAUGACAUGCAGUGGGUCACACCCCUUAUUUAACUUAUUUAUGUCAGAUUUUAUCUUUUUAAAAGAGCAAUAUGUGAGUACAUACUGCGGUUACUCACUAAGACUAAGAUACUAAAAUACUACAAAGGGUCAAAGACUUAAAGCCUAAAUUGUUAAAUAAAUACACAGAAGAAUAAAAAAAAAAGAGCUGGAAUGGAAUUAACUUUAAAAAAAAAUAUUUUAAUGUUAUCCUUCAAUCUUUACCCUUAUAAUAUUCAAUUCAGUGGGACUAGGUAGCAAAACUUAAUCACUUAUAUAGCAAGCCUAUUAAAAAUGCUUUUUUGUCACAUGAUGUAAUAAACUGUUUCAAUACUCAAUGUCUCCUUGAAUUAUUGAAACUUUUUUACCUUAGGUAAAAUUUGUAGAAUGCUACAAAUUUACUCAUGAUUAUUAUUUAUAAUUAAGUAUUCAAAAGUAAAAUGAUUUAAUGCUUUUUCUGUGUCCAUUGCUAGGUGAGACUUAAAUUCUGUUUUAUUUUCUCAUUUAGAUGCUUGGGACCAUGGAAUUUAAGCCAAAUCUUUUAAAAGAUAAAAACAUACUUGCUGUGACAGAGAAGGUCUAUCUUAAAAAGUUCCCUUUGUAUGACAACAAAGCUCCUCAGGUUAGUGUCAUAAAAUGUAACCCUAGAUAAGGGGCCAUCCAUAACUGACGUCAUGCACCGGGGGGGGGGGCAGCUUUUUGUGAUGAUAUGGGGGGGGGGGGGGCUCACGCAAUGUGACGUUACAUGAAAGUGGAAUAUCGUAGUAAAGACCUGCACUUAAUAACCCUAAAUUACAGACAUUUUUAACAUUAUUCUUUUAUACAACAAUUAUUUCAUUUUUCAACUACUAUCACUGAGAGAAUCAGGACAGGUAUGGAUGGUCUGAAAAUGGCCUCUAAUCAAGUUACAGAACACCACGGAUGAGGAGAAUCGGGAUGUAGUUACAAUGAGAGUCAUGAAAAUAUAAGGCUAAAUGUUGACAUGGGAGCCAUAGAAUUAGGACUACCACUUGAAGUGGGAUGGAACUGAAAAAAAAUGUUUCACUGUUUUGGGCGGGGGGGGGGGGGAUCUUUGGAAAUUCUUUUGGGGAGGGGUUUCUUACCCCCGUUUUUAAAAUUCCCCCCCCCAACCGUAUAAAUUAUAUUGUAAUAAAAUUAAAAUUAAUUUAAAUUGGAUGGAACUGAAAAAAAAUGUUUCACUGUUUUGGGCGGGGGGGGGGUAUCUUAGUAAAUGCUCUAGGGCAGGGAUUCCUAACCUCUGUUUUAAACAUCCCCCCCCCCAACCGUAUAAAUUAUAUUGUAAUAAAAUUAAAAUUAAUUUAAAUGAUUUAGAUAUCGGAGUUUUAUUUCUUUAAUUAACUUUUGAUAAACAAGGGAAAAAAAUUACCAAUAAAAGCAAGUGCCAAUGGCGCCAACAAAAUUCACCAGCAAAACAUUUACUGCUGCUAAUCAAAAUGCAUAAAAAAUUAUUUUGUAAAAAAAAGCAGGAACAAGUCGCUAGGAAGCAAAUACAAUCAGUGGCAUAGCUAGGGUUGGUGUCACACAGUCCGGUAAGCUCGUGUUGUCAACCCCCCCCCUUAACUUCCACGAUGUAAUUCUUCUUGUUAAACUUGGUCCACAGCAUAACAAAUACAAGAACAAAAACAAAUUAAUUGAAAGUCAGGAGGUAAAUAUAUUUAAAAGCUGUGACAUGUACUAGAAUCGCCCAUUUUUAUCAAAGGAUAGCUUUAUUUCUCAGAAUUUAGAUAAAUAUAGCUUCCUGUCCCUUACAAAAGUUAACAAACACUUCAUUCGGCAUUGAAAAAUGGUCAAAACGGUGUGUUUCUGACCUAAUAAUAUGGUGACCUAAUUGCUGACGCAUCUACCUUGAAAUUUUAAUAAAAAAGGGAUUUUGAUUGGUUACAUGGGUGGAAAAUGUAUGUGUCAUUUGUUAUCAUUUUAUGAAUUUUGGUUAGACCGAGCAGUGUGUGCUCUGUAAAUACGCAAUUUUUCAAUUUGGUGUCACCUCCUGAGAUGGUGUCACUCGGUGCAGUCAGGACCCCCUAGCUACGCCACUGAACUACAAUUUUCUGGUCUUCCACACCUCAGGGUUGGGAAGGUACUUUUACCCCUGGUUAAGAACCAUUGUUCUGGUGAAAUGUUUCUGACACAGGUGCAGUAAUUUGAUAUCCACGGGAAGUGAAUUUCUUAAGGGUUUGUAAAGGACAGUAGGGGACACAGGGACUUUUUAUAAGGGAGUGGGGGGGUUUUACAGAGAUUUGUGACAUUAUAUUUAAAGGGGGGGAUCUUUCUUUUUGUGAUGAUUUUUGAUGAUGGGGGGACAAGAAGGGGGGGGAGGGGGGUUAAUAAAUCAGCAAAAUUUGUGUGACGUCAUUUAUGGAUGGCCCCUUACUUUGUUUUAGCAAACGUAAUAAUCUCUAUGAUAAAGCAAUAUUGAAACUAAUAUUCAUGGAUGCCAGGUUUAUUUUAAAUAUAGGACAAAAAUGAAUUUACAAUAUUAUUAUUGAAUUUUAUAUUUCAGUUAUCAGUUAUAUCACAGAUGAAGGAAGAAAUCCUUAAAGAUUUAUCUCUUUUCUAUCUUACACUGGUGGAUGUUCUAAUGCUUAAGGUAAUAAACUAUUAAUUUAUGGUAGUGUGUUUCUUUCUAAAAGGUGUUAAUAUUUUCAUUAAUUUAUGAACAAUGUCAACAUGAUGUUUGAAAUUUUCUAUUGAUUUGUUUAAAUGAGUUCCUGUUUCGUCCUUUAAGAUAUUUGAGCCUUAAUUUAAUCAAAUAGAGAUUUUAUUAUAUAUAACAAUAUUCUCAAAAGAUUAUUUAGGAUUGUCAUGCAGAAAUUAAGUUGCAAAAGCUUAUGAAUAAUUGUAAUACAGCUUUAUUAAAAUUAUUAAUAAUUUCAGGAUCAUAUUGUUGAACUUUUGAACACUUUUGAUGCCUGCCAAGUUCAACUGGAUAUUGUAAGACAUCAUUAAAUGACUUAAAAAAUAUAUUGCAUACAUAUAUCAUUGUUUCAUUUAUCUCUUACAUUUACUUUUGAUAGACAUUUUUAUUUUACAUUUAAAAAAAAAAAACCUUUAUGUUUUUAAAACAGCAGUUGAUAUUUUGCAACCUUUUCUAAAAAUGUGUAAGUCAUAAAAUAAUGCUUUGAUUUAUAUGAUUAUUUUACAGGGAGUAAAUUAUGACUUGACAAAAGGCUAUCUGGAUCUCAUAACCACCUAUGUGACUAUUAUGAUAAUAAUAUCACAAAUAGAUGACCGCAAAGCAGUACUAGCUCUCUAUAAUAAUGCUUAUGAAUUCAAGAAUGAAAAGAGGUAGCCUACAUUGCAUUGUUGUCUUCAAUAAAGUUAAUUAUGAUAAGUAUUGUUAAUUUUUAAAACAACUGAUAAAAAAAGUAUGUUAAGUAAAACUGAUAGUAACUUUUAGUUGAAAUAUGAUUUCAAUUACUUUUUCAUUUCAAUGUCCUUCUACCCUUAUAGUGAGUCCUCAUAUCAUCGCCUCGGUCAAAUGUUUUUAGAAUAUGAUCCUCCAAUGAAGAAACUGGCAGAAGAAUUUGUACCACAUUCAAGAGUAAGCCUAUAAAAUCAUUCAUAAGUCUGUUAGUUGCACUUCUUGUUUAUUCUGAAAUUAUUUUAGAAUUAAUUAGGAAACUCAGACAAAAACUUUGUUUUUUUUAAAUAUUUUUAUAGUGUUUAUUUAAAUUUUUAAUUUAUUGUUUUUUAAAUUUUUUUUUACAGCAAUUACUUCCUGCUUUAUUGUCACUACAAAAAGUUUAUCCAAAGAAAAUUUUUUCUGCUGAAAAUCUCAGGAAGUACAAUAUUCUGGCCAUUUUUACAGAACCUACCAAGUUGGCCAUCAUUCCUGACCCAGAAACAGUAAGCAUACAUUUUAAAAGGGGUGAUUAAUUUUGGGCGCCUCAAAAUUGUUUAAAAUAUAUCGAUUUACAGUAAUAAAAAUGUACCAUGGAGAGCGUUUUUUUAAAAAAUGGUUUGAUAUAAAAACAUUGUAAAGACAUUUACUUGGAAAAAAAAUGAAUAUUUUAAAAUUUAAUAUUUGAUUUGAUAAAGUUACCCUUUUUGAGAGAAACAAUACUGUUAAAAGGGCCAAGAGCUAAACCAAAGAAGUCAAAGCAUUUAAUGUAAUACAACUACAGUGAUCGCAUCAGGACUCUUGAACGAAAUAAACAAUAAUUUGUUGAUUUUAAAAACAAUCUACGACUUUUAUCUUCUGGUGUCUGUCCAAUAAAUUCUUUGUAGUUUGGAACAUUGUCAUUAUGGUGACUCGGAAUUGGGAAGUUUGUUCAUGUAGAUCAAGGUUUACCCAGCUUUACUAUAUUCUACACCCCCAGGAAUAGACUAAGUCUCGCACUGGGUACAGAAGUAACAACGCAUCCUUAAAUUUAAAUAAAUAAUUGACUUCUUUUUAUAAACCCCUUUUACUUGCUAUUUGAGAAAUGUCACCUGGAAGUCUUGCACCCAAGGUUAGGAAACCCAGAUCUAGAGGGUCAACUUUGAAAUGUCACCUGGAAGUCUUGCACCCAAGGUUAGGAAACCCAGAUCUAGAGGGUCAACUUUGAAAUGUCACUUGGAAGUCUUGCACCCAAGGUUAGGAAACCCAGAUCUAGAGGGUCAACUUUGAAAUGUCACCUGGAGGUCUUGCACCCAAGGUUAGGAAACCCAGAUCUAGAGGGUCAACUUUGCAAUGUCAAGUUAAUUCAUUAAAAAAAAACAGAUGUGUGAACUUUGUUUUUGUGCAUUUCAGAUUCCAUGUGAAUACUUGUCCCUGAACACAUUGGACAAAUGGAUAAUAUGUGAGUAUUUCUCAAUCAUGAGAUAUAGAAGACAAAAAACAGCUAGAAAAUUUUAAUAUCCUUUAUUAUAUAUCAAAAUAACCUAGAAAUUAAACUCAUGGAUUACUUCAAGAUACCUACAGAUUAUAAAAAAAACUGAGGGAAAAAAUAAUCAAUUAAUGCACCUGCAAUGCAACUUUAAUUUUUAAAAGGAGAAUGUGUACUUUGCAGAUGGGUUCAUGCUGUGUUACCAGAGUCUGACAGAUCCUAAUGCCCAGGCACUCUGGAAAGAGUGCCUCCAGUCUGGAUUUAUCAUCACCCUGCACCGCAACGACAACUUACACAUUCACAGCUAUGUCAUCAACUUUUUUGAAAGUCUCAGAGGGUAGAUACAUUAAUUUGUUUCUGUUAUGUUCUUUCUGUAAUCCCCUCCAGCUUUGAGCUGCUUUACCUUUGUUAGAAUCAUUCCAGAUUCUGUUCAAGUUUUUCUCCUAGAUAUGGAUAAAAACAAAAAAUUAUUUUAAAAAAAAAAAGGGUUCAUUGUUAUUAUAAAAGUUAUAACCACAAACAACUUUAUGAAUAUAUUUUAAAGUAAUCGAUGAGCUAUUUCAGUGACAUUUUAAUAAGGUUCUUUUAAAAAAAUGAUUAUCAGAUAAACAGUAAAUUUUUAAACUAAACAUUCAAUGAUUAAGAAACAGGUUCUCAGCGAAAAACCUUUGAGCUCUGCUGAUUCUGAAAUAAACUUUUUAAAAGUAUCUAAUAUUUGCUGGUUACAACAUAAUGAAUGCUCAGGAUACAUUUACAUAAUACACCACAGCUGCUUGAACCUGUCCUAUUUUAAACUCUUAUCAUUCCUUUAUGAUUUGUUGCUCUCUUCUAUUCUUUUUGUACUUUUAUAUUUCUUUUUAUAUGACCCUUUUGUCCCUUGAUUACAGAGGUGGCUUGUGAAUAGCACUGUGGAACUGCAGAACCCCCUAUUUUCUCUCAAAAUUUAUGAAUAACUUACAGUGUACUAAUGAUUUUUUUCUUUCUUUCUUUCUGUAAUACUUGUACAUAAUAUAUAAUACUAUAAUAAAUAGUUAGUGGUCAUCCUCAUUCAUUAUUUGUGAAAAAUGCUUGCAUGGAACUGUGUACUUUAUAGCUCCACUGACCCAGUGUUGGGUUGUUCCACACAUGCGCACAUGUCAGAGGAAAGAAGCGAGCACCCAGUAGAGAGAAGAACUGUCUCUCAUCCAGCUCUAAUCGUUUUGUCUGUGUGAGAAACUGUGUUUACCUUUUGCAUCAGUGUGUGGUCUCUGUAGGGUAUCAUACUUAAUAUGAAUGGGAUAAACUGUAAAUGAUAAUUGUAAUAUUCUAUUUAAAUACACAUACAUAUAUAUACCGUAUUUAUUGGCGUAUAACACGCACCUCAAUGUAAGAAGGAAAUUUCAGGAAAAAAAACUAAACAUUAUAUUGGUGUAUAACACGCACACAUGAUUUGCCCCUAUUUUCGGGGAAAAAAAGUGUGUGUUAUAUAUAUAUAUAUAUAUAUAUAUAUAUACACACAUACACACAUACAUUCAUAAAUAUCUUAGUUCAGGCUUUUAUCAUUAUAUAUAAGUUUUUUUUCUCAAUGUGUAUGCAUUUCAUUUUGCACAAAUGCCCAAACAUCUUCUGAAGCAGCACCUCCACUAAGUCAAGUCAUGAGCUGCCACUGCUUGUUUAUUUACAAAAAUAUAUAGAUUUUGUCAUGAUUUGUUUAUUACACAUCUUUUAUGAGUUGGCAUUCCAUUUUUUUGAAAACAUUAAUUAAUAAAACUAAAUUGUUUUCUCUUUUUUUUGUCAGUCAAAAUAGGAGAGUUAAUGAACUUAAGGAAUUCCAAACUGUUGCCUUUCAAAACUCGUAAGUUGGUUUGAAUGUGUCAUUUUUUUUAGAAAAAAAUUCUAUACAAAAUUUACACUAAGUUGUUUAGCAUUAGAUAGAGAGAUUUCAACACUAGUUUUAAAUAAAUGAUUUUGAUCCUAGCCUUGACAUUGCUGAGAAACAAAGUAUAAGUCAGAGAGGGGCGGAAAUCAUUUGUGUCCCAAUGCACUACACAGUGAGGGAUGAACUAAAAAUAAGCAAAAUUAUUUGAAAACUUAAAAGUACCCAAAACAAAUAUUUUCAGGCCUGCAUUCCAUAGAGAAAGACGCAAAUUUCUGCGGCUUGCUCUUAGAGAUUUAACUCUUGCCUUCUCAGAGCAACCUGGCCUCCUUGGACCAAAGGUCAGUUUUUAUUAAUUGCUGUUGUAAUUUGACCAAAAAAAAGAAAACUACCUAAAGAAUUUAAUUCAUAGGCUACUUCUUAAAAUAUUCACAAUCCCUUGUUGCAACAAUUGAACUAUUUAUCCAUGACUCAUAAAUGUAUUGGUUUAAAUUUUGUUUUCAGGCUUUGUAUGUUUUUCAAGCACUCUCCAUGGCCAGGGAUGAAGUCCUCUGGCUUCUUCGCCACACUUUCAAUUUACCUCAAAGAAAAGGAAAUGUCAAGAUUUCACCUGAAGAUUUUUAUGACAGGUCAGCUAGAAAUGUUGUGGCCUUACCAAAAUAAUCGCAAGCAUCUUUUUUUAGCAGGCUAUAUAUUUUUUUUAAAAAACCAAGGUUAUGUGUGUGUGUGGGAGGGGGGUGUAUAUAAAGUAAAGAUACAUCAAUUUUUCAAAUAUACUUUAUUAACUGUAAUACGAAUUAUUAUAAUUAUAUAAUUAAAGUGUAUUGUAAUUGUUAGAUUUCUGUAUUAGAUAAAUUGAAAAACAGCUGAUGAUGAUAUAUAAUGCUUAUCAAACUGAACGGAAUUUUCUUUUAAAUUAAAAAAUUGCCUAUAAUUAUUACAAUGUUUUAUAAAUAAGAUUUGUAUUACAGACAGCUUCCGGAGCUAAUUUUUUACAUGGAAGAAUUGAGGGGUAAGCAUGAAAUCAAAAAUUUUAACCAUGAUGAGUUUGAAGUGUUGCCACAAUUCAAGCUUUUAAUUAAAUUGAUAUUUAUCAAGUUUCUUAAAAAUUGCUAUAAUAAUUUUUGCUGGCUUACUGCCUUAAUUGAACAAAUUUAACAUGAGACCCUUCUUCCCUGACCUUCAUCUAGUUGAGAAUCACGCUGGGCAGUUGUACAGUCUACUCAGAAUACUGAUCAUUUAGCAAAAAUGUUGAAAACGUCUGAAAUAAUUUGUUUAACUCCCCAUAGACAAUUAGAAUUAGUUAUAACAUUAAAGUUUUUACAUGCUUUAAAAAAGGUGGUCAAAAUAUUUGAGGAGCUUCUUUAAAUCACCUUUGUAAUUCCAGGGCUAGUAAAAACCUACAGGGAAGUGAUACAAACUUAUUAUGUCCAGUAUUUGUCAGGAUUUGAUGUUAUCCAGCUCCAGCAGCUAAUGCGGGUGAGUAAUCUCUGUUAAGAAAUGCAAUCGUCAAAAAAGAUUGUUAAAACAAGCUUAUUCCUGUUUGUUAAAAACUGCUUAGAACUAAACAUUAUAUAAACUAACUUGAAGCUGUGAGAAGUGGUUGUUUUUGCAUAAGCAUAAUUAAAAAUUAUAACUUGUUUGUCCGAAAAAGAAAAAAACACUUUUUCUCACACUAUUGAUUUUAUCAUUAUAUUGCUUUUUUUUUCUUCUGACCUACUUAUCCAGAGCAUUACUGGAUGUUCUGAAGAUGAGCAGGCCAUUCUCAAAACCUUCCUUGAAAUUUUAAAGGAUUUAAAUAAUGUUAAAGGUAAGCCACAAAGCUUUAGUCAUUGUGUAUUAUUAAAAAGUAUUACUACUGUUUUGUAUUAAAGUAUCCUUCACAAUUUGAAAUGUUGUUACACAGCUUAUGCCCCCAGUGGCUAUUCAUAAGUUAUUAUUCCAUAAUAUCAGUUUAUUUUUAAAAUCUUGUCCAUUUAAAAAUGUCUUUUUUCAAUACAUCAGAAGAGAAGAUGAAUCAGUUGGAUUUUUCUGGCUUGAGACUUGACUGGUUCAGACUUCAGGUAAGUUUGCAGAAUAUUCCAUGAACUUUUGGUUUACUAAAAUAUAAAUGGGGCAGUAUGCCACCUAUACUGCCACCUAUGGGUAAUGAGCUAGCUCCUGUGUUACUGUUGUUUACCCCAGGCAUGCUCACACCCACUGAACUGGGGCAUGCUUGCCCCACGGGUGACUGAUGAGCAACUCAUGAAGCUGACGUCAUGCGUUCCCGUUGUGGGAUAUAUAAGCCAGGUGAUUUAACCCGUGGGUAUGUCUGAACUGAUAUUUGGUGUGUGUAAAUGGAUACUUGGAGUCGGCUACAUAUGUUUUUAUAUUUGACUGUCUGUUUGGAAUGAUUGUACCACAAGUUAAUUCAAUAAACCUAUAGUUCUCAAGACCUGCAUUUCCUUAAUAUAUUUAACCUGACAGACAUGCCAUCACUCAGCUACAUAAAGUUAUCUAAAAAUGUUGUAAGAUUAUAAGAAUGAGUUUUAACUAAUUAUCAUUAAAAAGAAAUCUGAGAACAUGAAAUAAAUUCUAUGGCCAUAAAAAAUCUUUUUAAAUAUAUAAGAUUAAUCUUAUGUUCUGAAUCAAUAUCAGAAAAAUGCUGUCAUAAAAUUGUAAGCAUUUAAUAAAGGGCUCUGUAAGAGGAAUUGAAAUCUGAAAAUUAGCUCCACCACUAAUUGUCCUUUUUUGAUGGUAAAGGCUUACACCAGUAUCAGCAAAUCAGGCCUGGAGCUAAAAAAGCACCCAGACCUGGUCAAACAUUUGAAUACUGUUACAUUCCAUAUCAAAAUGGUGGACUUUCUGGAUGAGAUGCUUGACGAAACUGGUGAUCUUUCAGUUUACUGGUAGGUUCAAAUUACUGCCUGGAUGUAGCAUCUUUGAAAUUCAACUCUUUUUCUUACUUUGUUCUAAAGUUUUGAAAGAGCGAAAUGGGACUUUGAUUUAAACAAUUUUUGGUUAAAAUUUGUUUAAUUACCAGCCUUAGUCACACGCUGCUUUCAAGAAGUAAUCCAUAUUUUAAAGGAUGUUUUAAAAAUUAAUUAUGUAGAUAUUUAUUUAAUGGUAAAAAUGCUAUGAAUAACAAGUAUGAAGAUUUUAUCUUUAUUCAGCUUCUACAUAACAUUGUUUGAACAUCAGUUCAAACAGUGCAUGGAAUUUUUACCACAGUACAGAUACAGUAUUGUGUUUCCUCUGAUCUGUGGACAUUUUAUGAAAGCAACUCAUAUUCUCUGCCCAGAAGAGGUCAGCAGUAGUAGCAGUAGAAAACAUUCUGUAGUAGUAGAGGAGAAAACAUUCAGUAGAAGAAGAGGAGAAAACAUUCAGUAGAAGAAGAGGAGAAAACAUUCAGCAGUAGUAGAGGAGAAGACAUUAAAUUUAAUUGCAGAGAUGGGAAAAUCUAAUUCAUUUUGUGUGUGUGUCUUGACUUACUGUCAUUGUUUAAAAAUCAUACACAUUUGUGAUUGUCAAGUAAUAUUAGGAAACAAUAUAUUUUUUCACUCCUUAACAUAACUAAUAAGAAAGGUACCAACUAAGCAAAAGCCACCAUGUAAACAAAUAUAUUUUUUAACAACCAGAUUACUCAAUCUUUUUAGAAUGUAAAAUGUUAAUCAAUUAUCAACUCAAAAUAAAUUUUGUUGAAAUAAAAUAGCUGUUUAAGUUUCCAACUGCCGUCAUUGUCAGUUUGCUAAUAUAAUACAUUAAUGUUUUUCCAGCGCAUCUCCAUCGGCCAAACAAGUUUAAAGUAUGUUCAUUGGCUUCUUAAAGAGAUGUCCGAGGAGCUUGGACUGGUUGUUUCUAAAAUUUGUGAGCUAAGCAUUCAGAUGGAGAACAAGGUAGGCUUAUUGGGCGGCAAAAGUUCCAUUCUCACAUUUGUUCAUACAAAUAGAACCUUUACAAUUACAUUGAGAAAUAUGUUUAGUAAAUUAAUUUUAAUAAAUUUGUGUUCCUGAAGGAUUUUAUGUAAUCUCAUUUUAAAUUUACUGUCAUAUGUAUGCAAUAUAUGUGUAAUAUCUCAAAAUAUCUGAUCUAGCUGCUGCCUAGGCAUGGCGUGGCUAAUGCUGUGUAUCAAAAACAGAGGGACAUAGAGAGGAAUAAGGAGAAAAAGGACAAGAAACUGCAUAAGCCAGACAAGCCAGGGUUAGAGAGUAUUAGAAAGAACAGAGAGAAUGUGACUCAGUGAGUGUAGUUUUUUUUAGGUCAUUAUUUGCCCAUGUGUUCUCAAAUUUUUUGUCACAAUGGGAUUGAAUACUUUCACAAUAAUAUGUGUUGCAAAUGUUUUACAGAUGUGUUGCAGAUGUGUUUAUUCUUUAAAAAAAUCAUUCGUGUGCAAUUUAAGAAACAUUAAAAUCUUUUUUUAACCUGUAGGAUUCAAAAUCAAAACUUUGUUAGGGAAAUUUCAAAACUUUUAAAUAUUUCUAUUUUAAUUAUCAGACUAGACAAAUUUCAAAUGGCUUUGACAGACUUGUGUUUUGCCCUUGACUACUGCCCCGUCAUACAAGUUUGGGAUCAUGGAUUUGUGCCAAGAGAGUUCUUCCAAGAGAAUCUUAAGAUUAGGUUUAACAAGUAAGUCUUCCAUUACCAAUAUUCAUUUUUGACAUUUUGAGUGAAAAGGCAGCCAUGACAGUUUAGGAGAACAUUUUUAAAAAAUCAUCCCCGUAAAGAGCUUCGAACAUUCUUUCCAUUUGUUCUUGUACUGGGUAAUUUUGUUGUGAAGAGAAUUUAUGACAGCUCUCUCUAUCAUCAUCAUCAUGUCCCUUAGUCUUUGGACCGUUGGGGCGCCACAGAUUACAUAUGAACUAUCCUCCUCCAUUCAUCUCUCUAUAUAUUUUAUUAAAACCACCUCAGGUCUUCCAUGUUCAUAGUAAUAUGUUAAUCUAUUACUUUAAAUUUAACUUUUAAUCUCAACUAUCUAAACCAAGCCUGCACAACAUACGGCCCGCGCCGCCAGCACCCAAUUGUGGCCCACGAAAAAAAGAAAUAUUCUUUAUUAUUAUUAUUUUCUUAAUACCUCCCCCCCCCUUUUUUUUUUCCUAUCAUCUUUGAGUUGUGCAGGCCUGAUCUAAACCUAUAAGUUUUUUGUUCUUUUUAAAUUUCUUCAACGUGACAAGAGUUUUUAAGAUGUCCUAUUUCAUUCUUUCAGAGCUAUUGUUGAGAUGGCCAAGUACAAUCCAGAGACCAAAGAAAUUGCCAAGCCAUCUGAAGUUCUCAGUGGAGUACGGGCCUAUAUGAAUGUUCUGCAAAACAUUGUCAACUAUAGUAUGUUUUAACUAGCCUUUUCCAUUUCUUUAAUAAACGGCUCAGUUGAUUUUUCAUUAAUACUAACUUAAAUGUGAAUCAGAAACUUUGCAGCCACAGAUAAAUAUCUGACUAUGGCGGUUAGUUUUAUAAAAAUAAUUAAAUAUGAAAUAAGGAAAUUUGUAUUAACUCCACAGUCUCCAUUGACAUGACAACGUUGUUCAGGGGGAUACUACUCCUCCAGACUCAACCAACAGAUUCAAAUGGACAGAAAACCAUCACCCAUCUCUACACACAGUGGUAAGUUCAACUUUUGAUAAAGAGUAACAAAACAAAUUAGUCUUUAUAAUACUUGUCUUGUUUUUUCUUUCCCUUUUACUUUGAAAUGACACAGAUAUGAACUUGAACAAAGGGAUGAAAAAUGUCAUUUAAAUUGAAAUAAUAAAUUUUUAGCUUAAUGAGAUUACAUUUAUGACAGGGGUGAUUGAAUAUUAUCAUGCAAAUGAACAAAAAUAAAAUAAACUCAUUGGAUAAAUGAUAGCAUCCAAUGACGUUAUCGACAGUAUAAAUGUUGUGAUUAUUAUAGACAUUUGUGUGAAAAAACAUACCCCCGCACCCAUGUACCCUCAUAGGAUCCCACACCUUACUGGAGAUUUAAGCAAAAUGUAAUUCAUUAUAGAAUGAUUGAAAUUUGACUAUAGCCCAUCUCACUCUGUCAUGUCAAAUUGCUUCAAGGUUUACCUAUUGUUUUAUUCACAUGUACAAAGGUAUGUUGAUGUGUUGAUGAACAGGCUGCUGUCUACCACAGGAACCAUUGUUUUUUCACCAAGCAGAAAAUCAUUUGUUCCUCUGACACAUGUAGACAGCCAAGUCACAGCAGUGGAAGAAUUUCUUGAUACAGGAGGUUGUGCAAUUUUAUUUUAAAUUUCCUGAAUUUGUAAAUAAUGGUAGUUAAUUUGGCUUUAGAACUUUGACCUGGGCUUAAGUUUUUCACAUGAUCAUAUAUUUUGUAAUGUUCCAUUGUUCCAUCAUUUCGGUUCUAGUGCUCACGUUAUAGUUAAAACAAAAAAUAAUUAUUUUUAGCUUGAUUUUCUACUGUUGAAAAGAUAAAGGAAUUAGUCCAUUAACACUUGAUUGUUUGGUAGACACAACACAUUUAAUUAAUGCUUAUAUUGUCAACUCUAAAAGGAUUUUGACAGACGGUCUCUCAUUUGUCUGGCUUUUGACCUAAAUUUAACACUUUUUAGCAUUUUAAAACAUUCCAAUUUUUUCAUAUUUAUUCAAAUUAAAAAAAGUUUUAAAAAGUUUCUAUUCACACAUAAAAACACUUUUGUGUAGGAAGAUUUGAAUAUUUAUCAAAAUCAAUUGAUUCCUUUCUUGAAGAACUUGAAUUGGUAUUUUUAUUUAAAUUCAUUCGCAGAACUUCAAGCUCUUGUGGAGCUGAUCAGUCCUUAUGGAAUGAAAUAUUUGGGAGAGAAAGUCAUGCUUUCUGUUGCAGACCAGGUGGAUGAAAUUAAGGUGAUAAUUUGAAACAAACCUUUGGGGUUUAAAUUUGUUAGAGACAAUAUAAAGUAAAGAUAUUCCUAAAAUUCCAAUUACGAAAAGACAACUAGAGAUUUGCGUUUAAGAACAAUCAGCAAAGAACAUGUUAUGAUGGAUUCAUUCCUCUGCUUUACUUCCAAAUGAUCUGAUCAGAAACUGGUUGUGGCUAAAAGGGAUAUCCUGGAGCAGCUGAGAGUGAGUUUUGACAAACCUGAGACGAUGUCACAACUAACACAGAAACUCACAAGUGAGUAA